GUAUAAAAAUACAUCACUGCAGUUGUCAAAUAAGUUUAUAUUUAUUGUCCAGUGACAUGUAUUGACAGAUGUGUCAGAAACAUAAAAUACAAUAGUUUUAUUAAUUAAUUAGUGUUAAAUCAAUUCAAAAUGGCGGAUUAUUGGAAAAGUCAGGACAGAAAGUACUGUGAUUUUUGUAAAUGUUGGUUAUCAGAUAACAAAGCGAGUAUAGAGUUUCAUGAAAAAGGAAAAAAACAUAAAGAAAAUGUUGCAAAAAGGCUCAAAACUAUCACUAAAAAAAGUAUUCAAGAAAGGAAAAAAGCGGAUAAAAUAGAUGAAGCUAUCGCAAAAAUGGAACAAGCUGGAAUGGAAGCUUAUCAAAAAGAUGUAGAAAGCAGUGCUGCAGAUUUAAUGGCAAAAACGAUCAAGGAAACAUUGAUUAAACACAAUUUAUUAUUAUCAGAUAAUAGCGAGGCUUCUUCAUCGAAAAAACGGACACCUUGGUAUGAGACCAAAACUUUGGAUGGAAAAAUUUAUUAUUGGAACACUGAAACAAAUCAAUCAAUAUGGGAUGAACCACCUGAUGGUUUUAUAACUAUGGAGGAACAACUUAUUCUAAGAGAAAAAGAGGGUCUUGAACAGUUAAAAACGAUAGAAAAACAAAGAAAACUUGAAGCGAAACAAAAAUUAGAAGAAGAACGUUUAUUGCAAGAAGAACAACGUGCAGCAGCUGAGAGAGAAAGGUUGAAAUUAUUGAGACCAAAAGAAGAACCUCCUGAACCAACAUAUUUUGCACCAAUCAUACCAGAAGGAAAAAAUGAUCCCUACGGGAAAUGGCAGACAAUAAAAACUGAGAAAGAAGUUGAUUUGCAACUUCCAAAACAAGAAUUCAUUGCUAUUCAUGUACCUGCAGCUACCAAAGAGCCAGUUACUCGAGAAUUUAAAGAGAAGACAAUUUCGAAAUUAGAUAAAGGUGAUAAUGACGAUAGUUUUGAUCCAAAAUCAACAUUAUUCAAGAAAAGAAAAAUUUUAGGAACUAAUAAACGUAAUAUGCGACAACGUUUAGAUGAUGAUUAA